CUCGCUCGAGCAGUGCAUCGCCGAACGUUACACUCGGCAGGCGGCUCGCCUCCGCGUCACGUCGCUUAUUAACACACACACGCACCGCAGUUCUGUCUUUCUCGCGCUUCGAUUCGCGCGAGAAACUCGCCGAGUGUUUCCUAAGUUACGAACGAUGCCUCGGUAAGCCACGUACCGCGGAGGAGCGAACGACGCACGGAGAAAUGUCUUCGGAGCGAUUUCACAAGGCUGCGCGGGACGGCGCGUUGGACGUUCUGAAGGAAGCCACGAGAAAGGAUUGUAACGCGCGAGACGAAGGAGGAAUGACCCCGACAUUAUGGGCAGCCUUCGAAGGUCACAUAGAUACACUGAGACUGCUGGUCGCCAGAGGAGGCGAUCCAGACAAGACCGAUUAUUUCGGCAACACGUGCCUUCAUUUGGCAGCGGCGAGGGGUCACGAAUUCUGCGUGAAGUUUUUAGUGAAAUUCGGAUGUAAUAUCUGGUCGCUGGAUAUCGACCGGCACUCAGCCAGGGAGCUCGCGGCGAUCAACGGCUGCGAGAGGAUCCUGCAGUUCCUGGAUCUCGCCCAGGCCGAUCAGGAACUGAAUAAUCGCAAGAAAAGCCGGCUGCUCCGGGAAAAGGCGGAGAAGGAUGCGGAGAAGAGACUGAAAGAAUACAUGAAAAAACAAAAGGUGGCUGAGUUGAGAGCGGAGAAAGAACAGAAAAAACUUAUAAAGGAUCGCGCUAAAUCGGACUUGGAUACAAUGAAUGAGAUGAAUGGCCAGAGACUCGGUGUACUAACCUUUAGAGGUCGAAUGAAACCUUCGCCGACAUUCAGCGAUAUCGUCGGUACCACAACAAAGAGAAAUGGUAGUACAGUUUGCCGAAAAGCUUUAGCAAAGAAAGCCGUCAACGAUUUUAAAGUUGUAGAGGUCGAAGUAAAUGGAAAGAAAUCUAUUCGAAGUUUAACCGGCGUUCGACGGGAUUCCGAAGUUAUGUACGUAGGCACAUACGAUACUCAGCCUCAGCACAUGGGCAGAAGGGGCAAGAUCUCCGACGUGUGGGGCACUUUGAGUAAAUCGCAGAGCACGCCCGACCUCUUAGGUGAAAGGAUAUACGACGAGGAGGAGGAGGACAGGGAGGAAGAGAAUCUGAAUGUUGCGAAGGACACUGCUUUCCUUCAGGAACCGGCGAGCAUUUUUAAUCGACCUGGUUUCGGAUCGGUGGCCUUCAGGAGGACGAUAACAUCCACGCUGGACAACCUACCGGUCACGCAGACGGACGUUCAACUUCAAAACGGCCACGUUCCUGUGAAUGGCUCCGCAAAUGGAUCCAUAAACGGCAACAAGUUUAGCCCUAACGGACAUAACGAGGAGAUCAGUAUAGGAAGUGCCGGCAGUUUAGCGCGCAGACAAAGCCUGUGGGACGAGGAUUUGCUUUCAGAAGGCGAAGAGACGGACGAGGAAUGGACACCCUUGCAGAGAUUUCUGGCCGCUAAUAAUCUGACGUCGAUACAACCUGUCUUGGAGUCCGAACAAAUCGAUCUGGAAGCCCUGAUGCUGCUUACCGAGACCGACAUAGCGGCCCUCAAACUUCCUCUCGGCCCCAGAAGGAAACUCACCAACGCGAUUGCAAAUCGGAAAAAAGCUCUAAGCGCGCCGGAAAGUGUCAUCAAGGACAGUAGAUUGUGAAAAUAUUGUGUCACGACAAUGCUAUCGACGAAAUUACCCGCUCACGCUCGCAAAUGUGACAAAAUAAAAAUAUGUGCGGGAAUUAAAAAUUAGAGAAAAUGUGAAUUCUAAUUAUCGAAUAUAUCAAAUCGAGAUUUCCUUAUAUGAGUCAAGCGAACUGACGAUUAAAAAUUAAAAAUUAAAGAGAAAAAAGAAGGAAAAAAAUAUCGUUAACAACCAGGUUGAAUAAUGAAUCGUACAUCGUGAUGGUGCUAUUUUAAAUCUAGAAAUAUAUCUACGCAGUCCUUAACACAUAUCAUAAUGUUCUUAACAGAAUUCUUCUGUGCCUUCUAAUUUUCAUAGUUCACAUCUACCAUUAGCAUAUUUUUCUAUAUAUACUAUUACAUAGUACUAAAUUGAAAUGAUCUCUAUCGGAUCACUAUAAUCGAUCGAUUUUACACAAUCGGCUAAACUAUACUCGUAAUUACGUAAGCGAUCGUUGAUAAAGAUUGUAUGAAAGAUAGGAAAGAAAGGAAGAUUAAGUUCUUCGACGAUACUAAGUAAUAAGUAACUAGUAUAUGCCAUAACGAAAAAGAAAUUCAAUACACUGCCAUAAAACAUAAGGCGUUUAUGUUUGUGAAAGCACGUUGCUGUAUCAACUUUUGCUUAGCGUGCUAAACUCUGAUCUACGCAUCGUAUAUUAUUGUACUAUACACGAAAUUUCCUAAAUUCGCAUAUUUAUUUGAAUAAUGUAAUCAUACACAUUUUUAACACUAGAACUGCGGCUGGAUCAUUUUUUACCCAUUUGUAGAUUCUUUUCUUUCCAUUUCUUUCGAUUUUCAUCACUGGGAAAUUACGUUCAUAAUAUCUUCUUUAUCAUAAAAUAAUUAAACAAUAUCAUGAAGUUCAAAAAAGGCCACGAAUAAUUACGAAAAAGAGGCCCAUCAAAAGUGACUCAAUCCGCAGUUUUAGGAAGGGAAAAAUUGCCGCGGCUCAAGUGUUAAUGCACUUCUUCACAUUGAUAGCAUUAAUUGAUGUAUCAAACUGUAUAUGAAAUAAUCGUCGGAUAUCAUCGAUGAGUCUCAUGUUACAUGUGAUAACCAGGGUUCAGCUUUCAACGUCAUUUAUGAGGCGUAACCGCCACGAUUAGCCGCUGAGGUACAACAAUAGAAUAUUGAACCCUGACUAGUUUUCGGAUAUGGGCAGGUAGUUUAGCUCAGCUACCUACCUGAGGGAGAACAAUUGUACGUAGUGGUACUUGAUUUGUGCCUGUAGUGAUGAUGAUUUCCAUUGCGCGCGUGUGCGUGUCUAUUACGCUUCAGAUAAAACGAUGUGUAAUUUUCGCAUUCUGUUGAUAUAAUCGCAAUAAUGUGAAUUAAAUUAUCUCAAAUAUACUUCAUAUUGGUAAUGUUGACUUCGUGAGAUCGUGUAUAGUACAUAUUGUACCAUACAAAAUUACGCAAAAUGUACAAAACAAAUGUGUGACAAUAAAGUAUGUAUAUACGUAUACAAGAUGUGGUUUCUAUUCGCAAGGGGAAAAAAGUUAUAUUGCGUACAAUGUAGAGGGAAGAAAGAACGCCUCCGCACGUCUAUAUCUUCUUUUUCCUCGUGAUUUAUUUGUAAAUGAUUAUCUUACAAACAAGAGGCGCAAAAAUAUACAAGCUUCUUAUGUUCGCAAGAAAGUAACAGCACCAUUUCACGCCUUGCCAUGAACGCGUCGUGCCUAAUCAAGGCGUCAUGUUCGUGCAAGUCUCAUGUCACGGUACACUUAUUCUCGCGGAAGUGCACCACAGUUUGCAGCAAUGUGCAUCGGAUAAUGAUAGAAGAAACGAGAAAAUAAAUAAAACAAGAGGAGAUUUCAAUCGUUCAUAAAACCUUUCGGUGCGUCGAUUUCAUCAAACGUAGUACAGUCGGCAUGAUAAAUGUUGCAACACUUCUUUUUCUCGAUGAGUUUCACAAUGCGCUUCGUAUCCACGAGGAAAAUGUAUUUCUUGAGAAUUGCUAAAAAAAAUAAACUCUCCUAUCGGAUACGAAAAAAAGCGUUGCGAAAUUCAUCGAGAAAAAAAGUGUUGCAAGUUGUAUUAUGCCGACUAUACCGUGUCUAUACAUUCCUGUAUGAUAUAAAAGAUGUAAAAUAUAUCAUCAUAUCACGCCAUGAAUUCAGGUCUUUCUGCAGAAUAUCCCCAAAUUCGCGAUCUUCAAGAUUCCGCGCAAUUUGGACAACUGACUCUCCGGAAAAUCCACCAACAAUCACUGAUUGCGAGAUACCUCCAAUGCACAUAAUCAUAAAACAUAUAUUUUUAAACAUCUGAGCGUACCGCUCAAAUCAUUUACGUUGUGAGUAAUUUCGAAGUAUUGCUUGUAAGGAUUAUUUUAUCGUACGAAAAAAAUAAAAAAGAAAAAGAAAGAUAAGGGAUAAAUUAAAAAAAAGAAAUAUACGUUGUAUA